UUUUUCAAAUGAGAACGCACCGGGCGGCGGACGAAAACCGGUCGAAACGCGCGCAUGGCCUCCCCACUCCCGACAGUUUCAGCUGUCGUAGGUGGUGCCACCUUGUAUACGUAGUGAGUUGUAUUUCCACAACAUUGACGGCCGUUCGCACAAUAUGUGAAACGAUAUCUACUGUUUUGUUUACGCGCGCUCAGUAAAUAUAUUGAAUUUUGGCUUGGAUUUGUGCGUUUAAAUUAUUUUUUUUAUCGUGUCCUGCUUAUUGGACAAAAUUAUGGAUGACGAAAUAAUUGUUACACCAACAAAAAAAAAUCCAAAGGGAAAGUUUGUUUCAUCAAGUCAAAAAGUGAUGAUUAUCAAUGCGUACAAAAUGGAGUUGAAAAACAAUCCGAAAAUCACUAUUAGGGAAUGUCGGAUAGUUCUUUCCAAACGCCUAGGCAUUGGGCAAAGAACAAUUUCAAACACUAUUAGUGAGUACAAUACCUCAAAGACUGUGAUGUCUCCAAACAGAAAACGAUGUAAGAAAUCGUUUAAAGACGAUUUCGAUGAUUUACAUCGUAACACUGUGCGUCGUCAUGUACAUUCUUUUUGGUACAACAAAACCAUUCCUACAUUGGCCAAAAUAUACGCAGUUAUUAAGGACGACGAUAGUUUACCGUAUGUAUCAGAAACCAAUUUAUAUCGUCUUUUAAAAACCAUGGAUUUCGAAUACACCAAACGAAGCCGCAAUAGUGCUCUCGUCGAAAGAGACGAAAUAGUUGUAUGGCGUCAACAUUACUUGGAGGAUAUAAAGAAAUACCGGGAAGAAGGGAGACACAUGUACUACCUGGACGAAACGUGGGUCAAUGCAGGAGAAUGUACCAACAAAACAUGGGUAGACAAAACCGUCAAAUCGUGCCAUGAUGCAUUUGUUCGAGGCCUCACAACAGGGCCGAAAAAUCCAACAGGGAAAGGCAAACGACUGAUCAUUCUACACAUAGGGUCGGAAGACGGGUUUGUACCAGGUGGACUCCUAUGUUUUGAGUCAAAAAAAAACACGAAUGAUUAUCAUGACGAGAUGAACGGUGACACAUUUUUUGAAUGGAUGCAAAAUAUAUUACCAAAACUAAAAGAAAACUGUGUCAUCGUUAUGGAUAACGCAUCAUACCAUUCAGUAAAGGCAGACAAAAUACCUACUACAUCAACAAAAAAGGCGGACAUAAUUAAAUGGUUGGAAGAAAAAGGUGAAGUUAUCGACAAGCCUAUGGUAAUUCCUCGACUACUUGAAAUAGUACGCAGAAUUAAACCAAUGCACGACAAAUAUGUAAUUGACGAACUGGCCAAAGAACACAAUCGCACCAUCUUAAGACUCCCACCGUACCAUUGUGAGUUAAAUCCGAUAGAGCUGGCUUGGUCAUCAGUCAAACAUCACGUCAAAAUAAACAAUACCAGCUACAAAUUACCUGAUGUGAAAAACUUGUUGUUGGAAGGUAUCGAACGGGUAAAUUCCGUUAUGUGGAAAAAUUUCAUAAGUCAUACCGAAAAAAUCGAAAAAAAAUUCUACGAAAUGGAUUUCAUCGUUGACCAAAUGUUGUCUGCAGAAGUAGAACCUGUUGUCAUCAAUGUAAGUAAUUCCUCUUUCGAGUCUGAGUCUGACUAAAUGUAUUUUUAUUUUUUAUAUUUGUAAUUUUUAUUUUUUUUUUAUGUGUAAUAAAAAAAGAAAUAUUAAACAAAUGGUUUUCUGUACUUAUUAAAAUAUCAUCCAUAAACCUAUCCAUCGUGUUUCUGUGUAUAAUAUAAUCAAAUAAAAUAAUGAAGUAUAUAUAUUUAUAUACAUUUAUAUGUAUAAAAAAAAAAUUUUUAAAUGUUUUUUUGUUGUAAGUGAUAUACAAUUAUAAACUAACUACCUAUCUGAUCGAAAUCAAUUUAAUGAACCGUUUGAUUAAUUUAAAUACAUAUCUAAUAAUUAUACAAUCAUGAAGAGCCAAAAAAAUCUUUAAAUUCAAUAUUAUAUAGGUACGAUUAGUGUCGUACUUAUAUAAAUGCGUAUUAUAAUAUAUGAGUUGAUAUACAUCAUAAUAUAUUAUAUAUUAGGUAUAAUAGGUGUGUGUGUGUAUAUAUAUAUAUAAGUAUAUAUAUAUAUAAGUAUAUAUAAUUAUCCCAUUUAGACCCUAACACAUGGAUGUACUAAAAAAAAUAUAUAUAUAAGUAUAGCAUUUAUAUACACGCGUUAAUAUUGUGUACGUAUAACAUAAUAUAAUAUAAUGGUCCCCACGAUGCUAUACUUUAUAUAUAUAUAAUAAUUAAUAACACACCAAGUAUAUUAUCGCCAAAAAUGUGUACGAAAUCUUCGCCGACCUGCUAUGAAUGUUCGAAUUUCAAAACGUACAUUCUCAUCACAAUAACCUCGUGCGGCCCGCCGCCGGACGUACACAAUAUAUAUUAUACUAUAGGUCAGAGUUGGGCCAAAUUUUAUCUAGAUAAUUAUUCGAAUAAAUAUGUAUUCGAUUAAUUAUUUAUUCGAAUAAAAUGUUAUCUCAAUAAUCAUCUAAAUAAAAUUUCAUUCGAAUAACGCCCUACUCUGCUAUAGGUAAAUACUAUGGACUCAACAAGUCCCUGUGGUGAACUGGCACCACAGCCUGCUACGACUGCUAUGGACGAUUUAAUAAUUUUGUUUUAAGAAUUAAAAUAUAUAGGUAUUAUUAUAGAUACCAUAUUACCACGAUGCCAUAAUAUCGACAAUAUGUAUACUAUAAGAAAUACAUCAAUAAAUAAUGAAUAAUAAUAAUCCGUAAGUGUUUACGUAUUUGAGUAUAAAAAUAAUAAUAUUCUGUGGCGUGCAACAGUAUGAUGCGGUAGAUAAUAAUUAUAAUAAUAAUUGAACAUUCUGUAUGCCCGGCGGCGUCGAAAGUAGCCGAUCAUUGGCGACUAAUCAGAAAUUAAUUACUAACUUUGUGGGAGGGGCUUGUGGUUCCGCCUCUGAUAACGAUGCGCGACCCGGUGCGUUCUCAUUUGAAAAAGAGUAUAUACACUCGCGU